GUGGCCAGUCAGUUAGUUAGUGCUAGCCUACGUGAGCCUUAAGAUGUGAUGGAUAAGUCGGUCUACACGACCAUAGUAGCCACGCUGGGCUUUAUUUGCUUCACUGUGGCCGCUAUCGCCGUCGGACUGCCGCUCUGGGGAUACUUCGACAAUCCUGACGUUGGAUUUGGCUUUGGCAUCAACAAAGCCUCGGAAAAGGGCUACUUCGGUCCUUGGAAAGUCUGCCAGGAGCUGCUCUACGGCCGUGAAAGAUGUGGGACUGCAAUUUCCUCGUUUCAGCCCAUCGGCGCAGUGUACGGAGCUGGAAUUGCGGCAGCCGCAGCUACAAUCCUUCUGGGCUUGUUCUGCGUGCUGAGCGUGUUCCAGAUUGCGAUGGUGGUGAGCAAGGACCGAGUUGUGAUGCGCUACUCGAUGCUGGUUGUCGCCAAACUGACGUUCGCCAUCUUAGCAGUGUUGCUGUCCAUUCUAGCAGCGGGACUUUUCGCCAUCCAGACAGAUGAUCUGGACCACAGAUUCGUCAUCACAAGAGGACCCUCAUUUUACCUGGAGGUGGUUUCCAUUGUACUCAACUUUGUAUUGUUCCUGCUCGCCCUCUACGACGUGCUUUUCUCGCGAAGGGAAGACGGUGACCCGACCAGAGUGGAUGGUCGCGACCCCACGGGAGCCAGGGCGGUCACUUUCGGCAAUCCGGGCUUCAAAGAGAACGGCGUCGCAGUGACUAAUGCCAGUGGGAGGCCGUAUUCGCCCAACAGGCCCUAUUCACCACCUUACUCUCCAGGCUCUCCAUCGACAACAAUGAGCACAGUAACUGGAAGCAUAGGAUCUGUGGCGACGAUUUCGACCAACGGUUCGACGCGAAGUCCACUGCGGUCGAGUCUGAAGAAGCCGCGGCCGAAGGGGGUGGACGGCCUGGGCAUCCAGAACCCCGGCUUCAGCGGCGGUUCGCCCACGCUCUCGCGGAACGGCAGCGUCAAAAAGGUGCGCAUCCAGACACACAGUACUGAAGUUUGAGUACAAAAAGUGGUUGGUUAGUGACUGACUGUGAUACUUCUGCUUUCGAGUGGUCCUGUGACAAAAGAAAAAAAAGAAUAAUUUCUUCAUUUUUGGAAAAAAAAACUUCUGCUUGCUUUCACCUCACUAUCGUCGCUAAUUGACUCUAUACAUUCCAUCGUGUUUAGAAGUUUUAACUAGUCGCAGACUGUAUAUUAACGUUUAUACAUAUAUUUUUUUUAACAAACCGCGAGUAAUUUUUAUUGUACAUGAAGAAAUUUGUUUGUAACUAGCGAGAUUUAUCAAUGUUCGUCCCGGCUUUGAGAAAGCUCAAAUUUUAACACGUGUUUGUUUUGUUGGUGUUUGUGACUUGUUGAUUUAAUGAUGUUAUCAACCCCCAGUGAACCACACUGAUAUUAUAAUUUUAGACAGUGUUCAAUUGAAAAUCAGUAUUCGCUGGCGAGUUUCCCAAAUUUAGCAAUGGGAGAGUUACGAAGAUUUUAUGACGAGCGAGAAAUUUACUUGAAAAAAAAAGGAAAUCUCACUCUCGUCACGAAAUCUUCCGAGGGUGAAUUUCUUAAUAGAAUUCACCUUUGUAAAUGUACAGCUUCCAUUGGUGAGUUGGAAGACUCGCUGGCCAAAGUAGGAAAAGUUUUAUAUAAGAUUAGAUUUUAAUGUAAAAAACUUACGAGAUGCCUUGCGAAAUCCGUCCAUUAGAGUAAAUCUCGCCAGGGGAAAAGUUCUUUCAAGAAAUUGAAAACUCUUUGUUCGGCGGGACCAAGUAGUUAUCUUAAGUAAAAAAGAUUGCUUGCGGGAGUAAAUGAUUAAAUUUAAUUUUCGCUGUGAUUGAAACUGAAAAAAGUGUGAUUGAGUUAAAAAUAAUAAUUUAAGUGCCCUAUUUAAUUCCGUCCAUUAGAGUAGGUUGGAGCGAAGUUUUUUCUGAAAAAAUUCCUCUAAUUGAAGUAAUGUGCGAUUGUUUCAGAUGCAAGUAGUUUUGAAACGGCCUUUUUUAAUUAAUUUUUAGUGAGCAUGAAUGAAGAUUUUUAUUUAUUUUCUAUUAAGAAAGUGUCCUUGGGAAAAUCCGUCCAAUAGAGUAAGUUUCAGGUAAAUCGAGAGUAUUUUACUCUAAUUUCCUGUCACUGAAGUAGAUUGUAAAUAACUUGCUUGAUUGUCAAAAUGUACAUUUUUUUAACAGAGUGACUUACUUGGAGCAUUUCAGAGUGAACCAUCGAAUGCCUUAUAUACUUUAUUGAAAAAAACUAAUCUCAAAACUCCGAUGCAAUAUUAUUAAUUUAAUUGUACAGCGCGUUUUCUAACCUGUAUAAAGUGACCAACCCUCAAACAACUAAGUAAUAAUAAAUAACAUAUCACACGUUCAUGUAUCAUUUAGAGCAGGCGGGAUAGACGAUUCCAUGCAUUUAACAUCAAAAUUAAUUUUUAGCAUUCAUAAUUAUUUGAUGUAACUCUCUGGUGAUGGUGAUUUUGUAAAAAAAUUCAAGUUAUCGUUCAGUUUGUUUUGCUGGGAUGAGCACUUCUUCAAUUAUCAUUGUGAUCCAUACGGAGAUAUUUUUUUGAAAUAAUUUCGGUGAAAAAUUGCAAAUUUAAAGCAAUUUCUAAAUAAAUUGGCAACAAUUAAAAUUGUGCUUGGUUAAAUUGCUGGUCAAAAAGUGUUGAUUUGAUAUAUUAUUUGUACUUCAGAGGAAAAAUUUCCAUUACGAUUUGUCCAUUACUGUGUAGCAAAUUUUGUUUUCUUAAAAAUAAAUAAGCGACGUUAAAAGAACAGA